CCCACAUCUAAGCCCACCGAGCCCGUUCUUGACUCUAGGUUGUUUCGCUGAUUUACUUCGAGCAAUGGCCACUCUCGCAUCCCGUCCCUCCGUGUCUUCCCCGCUCGCCCGCCCCACAUCUAUCGACGGCCCCGCAUACCUCUCCACACGUCCGCAGCCAAAACGCAACCUCUCCAUCACUCCCGUGCACUUCCCCACCUCGCGCCCAUUACGGCCGUUCCCGAGCAUUGCGCAACCGCUUUCGCCGCUCUCGCCCACCUCUUCGCGGAAAGCAAUCAAAAUCAUCGAGCCUCCAAAGAACUUCAAGUCCGAGUUCGUCCUGAAUCUCACCCAGGCUGAGUUCAGUCGCCAGGACUGAGCCCGAGCUGCGCCGACGGGGUAGAGAUGGUGUGGUUGAGUCGCUGCGCCGCGGGCAAGUGUGGUCACGGCGUGGGGGGGGGGGGGCGCAUGGAGCAGUGCAGGAGGUGCUAUUUAUUGGGGCUACGCAGUGGCUGCAGCUUUCAUUAGCUGCGAUGAAUCUCAGCAACGAGUAUUAGUCUCAGGACGAUCAUAAAGCCUCUUCGUGUCGUGCUCGCGAUGUCAAGCCCAAGACGCGCUGAAAGUCGUUCACCCAUGUUGACGCGUCUCUUACCAACAACCAUUCGCGUCUCAUCCGUCACCAUUUCGACCUGCGUACACGCUCUGUCGGCGCCGACUAGACUCACCUCACUCUUCGCAAUCCUUUCUAUCUAUCCACCUACCUUACGCCAGGCACUGUAGACUAGACGAAAAGCCGAUGUUUGUUUCCUGCAUUUCUCGUGUCUUCCUAUUCUCCAUUCUCAAGCAGAUACCCCGCCACAUCCUACAUAUUCUCCACCCUACCCUCGUCCGACUGUUCACAGUCCCUUUUCUUGUCUCAAUCAGUCUCUGGCUUGCGUCGAGAGUCACUUUUACCCUUAUCCUGCCGCGGCCUUCCUCUUACUGUAGACAAGCUUCUUACUUUUGCCUUGACGCCUUCCACUCUUUCUAGCCCGGUGUUUAACGUGCCAUGUAUUUUUACAUUACUUUUAUUUAUCCUUACUAC